AUGUUUGUUCAUAAUCUCCUGGCUGGACUUGUGCUGGGAUGCACAAUUGGCUCAGCAGAGCGUAUUGUUGCAACAUCCGAAGUUCCUCUCAUCGGCCCCUCCUUCAUCUCCAAUUUCGAUCCUUCCAAUUCGAGCGCAAUUCAAAAUGCCAAAGCAGAGAUUCCUGGCCUAAUUGAUACCCUCUUCUCGGAAGGCACUCUUAAUCGCACGGACCUGGCAUUUUCUAUUGAUGUGUUCUCAGCCGCAACAAAUGGCUCAAUCUAUAGCUAUUCGCACGUUGGAGACAAUGCUAAGAAGGCGUUGACGUCCGGAGUCCUCAAUGAUAAGACAAUAUCGCGCAUUGGAAGUGUGACAAAGCUCUUCACUGUCUACGCGAUUAUUGCUAAGGCUGGUAUCGAAAUCUUCAGUCAUCCUGUGACGCGGUAUCUGCCUGAGCUUGCCGGUAACUCAUCGCAUGAUCCACUGGAGAGAAUCAGUUGGGACGAUAUUACGGUUGGUGCGCUUGCAUCUCAACAGGCUGGCUCAGGCGGCAUUGCAGACUUCUUGAAAGAAUAUGCGAAGCCAGAUGAUCCUUUUAACUUUGCACCUGAAGAGCUCUUCAAAUUCAUGCGAGAUGAGAAAAUGCCUGUUAUAUCUCCAUUCAGAAAUGCCAUAUAUUCCGAUGGUGGGUUUGCUAUUCUGGGGCAGGUUCUUGCGCGUCUGUCAGGACAGAACUUCACAGAAGCGAUCCAACAAGUUCUCUUUGAGCCGCUGGGGCUGAAGAGCAUGUCGACGAAAGUUCCAACGGGCAAGGGCGUCAAUUCUAUUGAUCGUUCCAUCAUUUCCAAGUCAUCAUCAUGGGGAUUGGACCUCGAAAUCGUCGCAUCAACUGGCAGCAUUUACUCUAACGGCGCAGACCUUCGCGCCGCGGGCCUUUCCAUAUUAAACUCGGAGCUUCUUUGUUCGGCAACAACAUCAGAAUGGAUGAAGCCUCGAAGCGGUACGGGUAGCUUAGUCGAGCUUGUCGGGGCACCAUGGGAAAUCUCCCGCCUGGAAAUCCCCGUUACCCCGGGGUCGAACCGCACACGAAUCUCAGAUCUCUAUACAAAGGCCGGUGGCAAUGGCGAUUACACAGCCAUUUUUGCCCUUUCGCCCGACCACGGUAUUGGCUACUCUAUCUUGGUCGCCGGCGAGACUGCUACGCCGGCACGUUGGCCCCUACGCGAUUUGGUUGGCGAAACUUUCAUUCCUGCUACAGAGCAUGCGGCUGCGGAAAAUGCCAAGCUCAAUUUGGCGGGGAAUUUUGUGGAUGAGACUUCAUCCGGUACUAACCUUACGUUGACCGUUGACGAAGGCCGUCCAGGGCUUGGGUUGGCAUCAUUCUGGGUCAAAGGCGUCAACGGCCGCGAUAGCCCACAUUGGCGCCUAUAUCCCACUGGGCUUAAUUCAUACUCGAGAUCUUUGUCGUCUUUGUAUCGAAGCAAUGGCACGAUGCGUGUGGCGCAUCGUAUGGCGGAGCCGGAGCCUCCGAUGAAGCCCCGUGCCGCUGUAGAGGGUGGGAAGGGAGGAUUAUUUGAUAAUUCGUUUACCUGGAUGAAUCUUGACUUUGCUGGCCCUACUGAUGAGUUCAUUUUUAACUUGAUUGAUGGCAAACUUGUCAGUGUCGAGCUUCCAAUUACGGGCAUUGUUUUGAAGCGGGUUAACUAG